GAGCGAACCAGCGACCAGGAGUGGCAAGAUUCGGACCUUCAAGCCCAAGGAGUUGGCUCGGCGAGUGAAGCUCGUCCGCCAGUUGCCCGGCACCGACGAACUCCUAAAGGGUAAGGUGUCAAUCUUGCAGAAGAGCGGAGAGACCAACCUCACCCUGGACAUCGGGCGGCUGCGGUUCGUGGAUACGAUCAACUUCUGCCCCUCGGGUUUGGGGAAAUUGAUCGAUUCCCACCGCAAGUCUUCGGAAUGCCUGGAUGCUGCCUUCCCGAUCACUGCUGAGAGGCACCCCUACCUCCGAGGCAUCGAAGAUGGCAAGAGCGCCACGUGGAGCGCUCUGAUGAGGAAGUUGCCGAUGCCGUGGGACCACUUCAGAGACCCCGCCGACCUUAGGAAACCGCCCGUUUGGGACCUUGAGUGCUAUCACAGCCGGCUCUCCGGACCCUGCUCACCGAAGCAGCACGAGGAGCUGAAGGCGACCAGCGAGCUCAUGAAGUUUGGGAGCUUCCAGGAGAUCUUGGACUGCUACCUCGCCCUGGACAUCACAGCCUACGCCGACUUGAUGCAGAUCUUCCGGACUAGCUUCAUGGAGAAGUGCCACUUGGACGUCUUCCAGUACCCCUCCUUGCCGUCGGCAUCGUGGCACGCAGCACUGCGCGGGGGCGCGUCUUUCGAUCUGAUCCUGGACCGGGAGCUUUACAAUGACGUGAGGCGCGCCAUGAUGGGUGGACUUUGCGCCGUGUUCCAGCCCCGCAGUCAGGCCAACUCCCCGGACCUCGAGUACGACCCCUACCAGCCCACCAAGCAGAUCAUGUAUCUGGACAUCAACAGCAUAUACCCGGACGCCAUGACCACGCCUCUGCCCGUCUCGUCAGGGGAACGGGUUGCAUUGCCCGAGGACGACGACGAGAAAUUGCAGUGGCUGCACAAUCUCUUGAACCACGAGCCGCCGGAGCAGUGUCACCUCGUCUUCGUGACUUACGACUUCCCCGAAGCCUUCCACGAUGUCUUGGAUUUCGCGCCUCCUGCCCGCCUAAAGAUCAGAGAAGGUGACGUGGGGCCGUACACCAAACCAGCCGUGGAAGGCAGGCCGCCCUCCGAGAAACUGGUGCCGUACCUAGGAAUGCACGAGAUGGAGGGAAUCCACUCGAAACGAUUGGCAUUCUUGCGCAACCACUUGGGAGCGCGGAUCUGGAAAAUCCAUCGAGCCUACGUCUUCUCCUGCGAACCACGGUUGGCAUCCUUCAUGCGGGACGCCUAUGAACGACGCAGGACGCUCAAAGAGCUGGGACGGGACGUCGAGCAGGGCUUUGUAAAGCUGUGCCUCAACAGCGUGUACGGCAAAACGGUGCAGAACCAGGAGAAGUACAGAAACUCUUCGCACUACUUCAACGCGGAGGCCUUCAGCAAGGCUCAGACGGAUCGGCGGGUGGCGGACUUCAGGGUAGAGAUCAUGGAGAAGGACGCCUUCUUGGGCACGGUGCUACGGGUUCGCGAUGCAAGGCACAAUGUCAACCGCAGCCCCAUCCAGGUCGGCUGGGGCGUUUUGGAGCUGUCAAAGCUCGCGCUGGCCAAGCAGUACUGGUUGGUCCUCAAGCCGACGCUACCCAGAAUCGUGCCAAUCUUCACGGACACGGACAGCGUGUGCAUGGAGAUCCUUGGACCAUGCUCUCCCGUAAAGCUGCUGGCGGAGGCGAACUUGGCGAUCCCGGACGCGGCGCUGGACCUCAUCGGCGACAUGGAUCCGACCGUCUUCGAGCAGAUCUACGGGAGCGAGAUCUCGGUCGCAGCCAUGGCGCGGCUGAUGGAGCUGCGUGGGAAGCUGGGAGCCUUGUCCAACGAGUGCUCCAAGCUGGCGAUCCUGGAUAUCGUCUGCCUCGCGGUGAAAAAAUACAGCAUGCUGCUUUCGGACGGAGUUGAGAUCCGAAAGGGCAAGGGCAUCCCAAAAAACGUCCUGACAACCACCCGCCAUGCCGAUUUCAUCCAAACGCAUCUGGGGAACCUGACUAGCCACAGCAGCUUCACACAGCUCAGGGCUUCGCAGCACUCCAUCUACAUCAUCGAGCAGAGCAGGAAGACCUUGAACGUUCUCAUCGACAAAUCCUUUCAAAUCAACAGGUGCUACUGUCGUCCGAUGGAGCAUUGGAAGAACUCCUUGCUGGGAAUUUGGUUGCGACUGAAAUGCAGCGACACGCUGCUAGAGAUUAUCUUAGAGUAUGUCAGAGGCGUGCCGCCUAAGGCGAAUGUCGCCUGGGGAGGCCUGCUCAGGAAUCUCUCCGAUCGCUGA